AUGAUGAAAGCAAAACAACUACUCGUGGUCGGGGUUUUGUUUCCACUGCUUCUUUUUAUCAUUUCCACCACAGAGUUCGUUUUAGAUCACAAAGACAACGCAUACGCUAACCCUAACGCAGUGGCUGUAACCAUAGAGGAUCAAAAGCAAACAAGCAGAGGAAGACGCAGUGGUGGCGGUCAGAAUCGUGGACGCAGAAGCUGCGAUCCUCUCUAUCAAUACUUAUUCGGAACAUGUGGUCGCUGGCCUUUUCCUACCACACCUUCGCCGGAUAAUCCUUUUCUCCCUUUCCAACCACCGCGUCCACCAUCACGUCCGAGACCGCGUCCACGACCAACUCCACCACCGUUGGUCCCUUCUCCACCACCACCGCGUCGACCACGUCCAAGGCCAACUCCACCACCGUUGGUCCCAUCGCCACCGCCGCCGCCGUUGGUUCCGUCUCCACCUCCGCCACCGCCAGUGAUGGUGUUUCCGCCUCCUUUAGUGCUGUCUCCUCCACCAGUGCAACCAGGCUUGGAUCCGACGAUACAGCCUCCGCCGUUCUGGCUUCAGCCAGCACCUCCUCAAGACGAUUUUCCGCUGAUGUUCUCUCUUCCACCGCCGUUGGAAGAUUUUCCACCAAUGCCACCAAUAACUUGGCUCCCUCCUCCAGAUGUUCCCGCCCAGUCCUCUCCUCCACAGUUGACGGAAUCCCCUCCGUCUUGA